AUGAUUUCUAUCACGCCGGCCAGAUACAAGAAGUUCCCAUCACUGACCAACCCAGUGCUAUCUAAGACACCUGAGCAUCAGCAAAUCCUGCGCAAUCUCAAAAAAAUAUACGACGAUCACUCGAAAGAUUGGGAUGAAGGAACCAGAUACACAAUCAUCGAUUAUGUUCUAAAUGGCGAUACCGAAGUCACGGAGCGCAUUGCUCGCUGCCCCGGCAGGCACAGGCUCAUGCAGCGAAAGAUGACAUUCGCCAUUUGGAUCGUGCUCAGGGCGACCUAUGGCUUCGAAAGGCUUACCAGGGUCCAGUACAGGUUUACUGAGGAAUUUCCUGGAAUCGAUCCUGCAUCUCUCGUGAGCCCGGUCCUAGCGAAUACGACUCAAGAGGAGGGAGAAGACGAUGAGGAUGCGGAUGCUCCUCAUCCUCUUUCUAUCCGCCCUCCUCCUUCGUCUCCCCGCGCUCCAAGUAUCUUUGGGGCAGUAGACGUAUCCAAGUUUACCUAUUAUCAACAACAAAGCGACUCGCAAAAACGAAAGAGACUUGACGUCGCCAGCCUGCAACCGUGGAAGAUUCUUAAGAAAACGGUCAAACGUGAACCAGAUACUGAAUCCUUCUCAACAGCGCUUCGCCCGCCGGCCUUUCCUCAAGUUUACCUUUUGCCUACGGAAGAGAAUCGCAAUGCGCCUUCUCUCGAUAACAACGCUCCCCUGCCAUCGAUCGAAAGUCCCAAUGGGCCUAGUGACUCGGGUCAGGGCUAUUCACUGUCUCAACAGGACAAAGAGAACUGCAUCCCUCCACUUCGACCAACUAUCCAAAGCACCGCACAGAUCUCUCGAUCUAACCAAUCUAUCGAGUCGGGGAACAUUGACACAAACUCACCCCUUUCCUCGUCGCAAAUUCCCUCUCUCGUUGACCAGUGCCAGAAAUUUGAUGUUAGGAUCCGCGAACUACAAACAGACGUGGAUGAGAUGAGAAAGGAACAACAAGAAGAGCGCCAGAGCUUCAUCGAGACAAUCACAUCCAUCCGAGACGAGAUUCGAGCCGACAUGGACCGCAGUAGAAAUUCGACCAUCUCGACCCAAACCGCAAAAGUCAACACCGCGCUGACUGGAUUCAACAACGCCGUCUGCACUUUGCGUGCAUCCCUUAGUACGUUGGCGGCAGAGCUGGGUGAGCAACCCGAGCAAGACAAGCUCUCGCUUGACUUGAAGACCAGCGUCGAUGAUUUGAGGAAGUUUAUGACAGUUGUGGGAACCCACUUUGAGGUCCACCAGCAACAGUUCAGAGGCCAGGUUAAGGCCUUGGACGAAAUAGUAGACCAAUCUUAG